GUGAAGCCAAAUUCAAAGAAGAGCAGCAACGGAUAUCAACAAGUUGGGGUGGAAUGUUAUGGAGGAGGAAUCUGGGCCACUUGGUUUGACAGGGAUUUGAAAUUGGCUGGCAGAAUUAUGAUUAAGGUACUAUACUGUAGCAUUUACUUCCAACAUUAGAUUCUGCCUUGAGACAUCACUUAAAAGAGAAAAUAGAGAAAAACAAAGAAUAUUUUUGUGCAUUGCUUGCAUAAUACAAGUUUCAAUAAAAUUGGUGAUGAUAAUGUUGCAUUGAAUACAGACUGAAUUGGACUCCACCUGAUCAUAUUAACAUUAUUAUUUCCUAUUUCUUCCUGGUUUGAAUUGAUCAUGCAACAGAAAGGUGAUAAAUUGCAGCACCAUUUAGUUCACAUUGACAGACCAAUCAUGCGUAUUCCACAUCUGGCAAUUCAUCUGCAGCGACAUCAAUGACAAGUUCUCACCAAAUAAAGAAACUCACAUGUAAGUAACUUAAUUCAAGCCACAGAAAGCCCAAGUUCAGUGCAAGAGUAUCUGAAUAACGUUGUUGUAACACAGACAAUGCUAGAUGAGCAUAGAUUCUAGUGGCAGAAAAAAGUGAUAGUUUUAAGAAGCCAAAGACUGUGAUAUGAGAAACAGUCCAUCAAACAGAUCUGCUGAUCAAUAGUUUUCUUGGUUUAUUAAAAAGGAAAAGCUUUAUAUUGUAGAAUUAUUGUAAAUAUGUUUACUUGAUGAGCUGAUGUGGUCAUGAACACAGAGUCAUGGGGUGCAUGAUCAGUACUGACAGUAAAUUAAGUUAUAUCUGAACAAACUUAAGCGAGUUGUCUUUCUCUUAUUCCAGAGCACCUAUCUUAUCAACUUGUGUAUAUGAAAGUCUGGUGAAUAAUUCAGCCAAUGAAGAUGACAUCAGUGACAAAGAGCCCAAGGAAAAAAAAUGUAGGGUGAGUAAUUAUCCAUUUAUGAUGUACAGUUAAUGGUUUCAACCUGGGAAUUGCAAUACACUCACUAAUGAUGUCUCCUGUUCAGGUUGCCAAUAUUUAAUUCAUUGUUACUGACAACAAUUCUUUCCUGGAUCAACAAUUGCACUACGUGAUUGAUUGUAUUGCACCUUGUAAGAUAUAAAUUCAUUCAUUACAUAUUUGUUUCUUUAUUUACUUAAUUAUGGCACUGAAUUUACCAAUUUAUUUCUUUAGAGCAAUUCUCAUCAGUCAACUCUAAUCACACUCUUAACAGAGGAGUUGAAAUGUGAACAAGAACAAAUCAUGGACUUUGACUUGCACCUGGCUGACAGCCAGCCUGCUGUGAGUAUCAAUUUCUGAUCAUGUCAUCAUUCAUGUGCAAUAAGUUUAAAAGAUUGCAUGCUAAAAGUCUCUUUACAGCUAAGAGUGUAUGACUAGCAUCUAAUUUCUCUUUACAAUAUGACCCCUGAAUCACACAAUGAGGUCACAAGUUGGAAAUGAUCACCAACUAAAGAAAAUCCUGAUUGUCAAACAAAUUCUCUUUGUCAGCACCUUCAAAAUGUAUGGAGAACAGUAUGGAGAAUUUAAGGGUGCAGAGGGUUAGAAUUAUAUUUAUACUUUACCUCCAGGGGGUCCUUCUCCUGUAAAUUCUGUUUUACAUAUACAAGUCAACCUGUUUAGUGUCAUGUAUCAUCUCUUUUAAAAUGCUAAGUAAACAGAAACAUUCACUAGGUAAUGACAAUGUCAGAAGUCAUUUCCUUGAUUUUAAAACCUUAUUUUCUCAACCAAUUUUCAAAGAUAAUUGAAUUAAGGAGGUAAGUUUCUAAAGAAACUGUAGUGCUGCAUCAGUGGGAGAGUAUGACAGGGUAUUUAGUAUUAUCAAAAUGUAAAUUGGCCAGCAUAAAGAGUUUCAAAGCUGAUGUUAGCUCUGACCAAGGGCUAACACUCAAAAUGUUAGCUUUGAAACUCUUCACAUUCAAGUUGGCCAAUUUACGUUAUCAACUUAAUUGAUAAAUAUAUACUAAACUACCCAAUUUUCAAAGAGAUUAAUAUCAGUGUAAUGGAACAUUAGUAGCUCAGAUCUUGGGUGUCAGAGGAUUUGGCUUUUCAUUCACGGGGAAAACAUUGUACUAAAUGACUCACAUUCCAAAGAAUAGCAAAUUACUGGCUGUUAUUUCCCUUUCAUGGGUAAAGCCAGGGGGUCUUCUGGUUUGCCCAUUACACCCCUUUAGUUGGAGUGAGCCAACAACAUAGGAACAUUAAAAUUCAGGUUUGAAAAUGGGCUAAUACAAAUAAUUUGCAUGACAUAAACUCUUACCACUGCCAGUUACUCCAUUUGCCAAUCCUCACUGUAUGUCAAUACAAGAUGGUAUGAGCCCCUUCACUUAAGGAAUUUUUAACAUUAAAUAUUAAUCCCCUUAUUCCUUGUGGUAAAUUGUACAAGCCACACCCCUGAUUUUGCAUUUCAACCAUACUUUAUUUAGGCUCUCUUUAAUUAAUCUAUUUUAUUUUUUCUCUCUUAGACUUUUGGUGGUGCACUGGAAGAGUUUAUUUUUUCACCAAGAUUGGACAACCAAGUCAGCUGUUUUUGUGCUUUACAGGUAGAGUGAGUCUUUGAUUUAGAGCAAAAUGGAGAGAAUAUUCCUUUCAGAAAACCAAAACCAUUUAUCAAUUCUGAAAUAAUGAUCCAUGUUCUUGUAUGUGUAUGUUCAGGUGCUUCAACCUGGCUUUGUUAAUUUUAAACACCAGUUCUUUGGUAGAUAUAUACCACCACCUUUUUCCAAGUGUUCCCUUAAAAAUCUUGGUAUGCUUUUGUACAUUCCUUAGUCAAAGUUGUGCAUACCAGUAAGUUACAAUCCAUCAAAGAAUUGGUGUUUAACAUAGCAAAGAUCAUUCUGAGCCAUCCUAAUUUCAAGCUUGAGUUGUUUUCAUUGACAAUGUUGUACUCCUUAACUCUUAGGGCCUUAUUCAAUCUCUGGAAGGUCCAUCUUUGGCAUCAGAUCCCAACAUCCGAAUAAUAACUUUGUAUGACAAUGAAGAGGUACAUAAUAAGUCAAGUACAUGUUUAUGACAUCAAAGAAAACUGAUCCAAUGCCAGUUAAUCAAUCAAGUUUUUAGUAACUUCCAUCAAUGCAUAUUCAGUGUACUGUAAACUAAUUUACUAAAACAUCCUGAUGACAGGUUGGUUCUGGGAGUGCCCAAGGAGCAGAGUCAAUGCUCACGGAGCAUAUUCUGCGUCGCUUGUCAGCAGGUCAGUUGUUCUCAAUUUGAUCACAUUAAUUUUACAUAAUAUAUGAACCUUGUAGUGGCCAAGCAUACUGUAGAGUCUCAGUGGCGCAAUCGCAGCUUUUAAUGCUAUGAUUUUUUGGCUUGAAACCUAGGUGGAACAGCUACAAGUUUUGAAGAGGCAAUACCCAAGUCAUUUCUUCUCAGUGCUGACCAAGCCCAUGCAGUGCAUCCAAACUAUUCGUAUGUAUCCAUAACUUAUAAAAUCCUUUAAACCUUCAACAUCGAUAUUGACAUUCUCCAUUCUGUUCUCUGUACAUUCCUUAAGGGGCUGGGAAGGAGAAUUUGUUCAGCAAUCAAGAGUUUCUUUCAUUGGUGAUCAUUUCCUAAUUAUUCUUGUGGCCCUAAAGUUUGAUUUAGGGGUUAUAUCAUAGGGAGAAAUGAGAUGCUGAUCAGUCAUGGGCAUCAAAGUGGUUAAAAGCCUCUUGCAAUGUGUUAUGUUUGACUUGCACAUGAGUUUUCAGAUAGCGUGGUUAGUUGGCAAAUAUAGGUUAAUAUGGAUGAUAGCCCUGUAAGCUGUUUUAUUAUAAUUUGCUUUUGGAUGUUGUGGAAUAAAAAAACUUAUCUCAUCAGCCGUUACUUCAGUAGUUGAGUGAAAACUUCUAGCCUUAAUCAGGUGAUAGGUCAGCAUUUUGGGUCGGGUAUGGACAACUGGUUUUUCUUCUUUUCUGUUGUAGAGAAAAACAUGAAGAGAACCAUAAACCUGCUCUCCACAAGGUGAGGCCUUGACAAACAGAACUGUUAAUAAUUAAAAUACUUGAGAUAGUAGUCACCUGCUCUCAUUGGUUGAUUGGUGUGUUUCGAGGAGAGUAUUUAGACACAGUUAUGAUGUCAUACUCUCUAUGCUUCCGGGAAAUAUUUUAUGAAACCAAUAGAUAACUUUUUUCCCUGUUUUAUUAGCCUCAUCUAAACACUUUGUGGUUGGGGAUGAUUUGAGAAAAUUGAGCAGACCCUGAAUUACAUCUUGAGCUUGCACGACUUUCUCAAAUUCCCUCGACAACCCUUGUGUUUAGGAGUGAGAAACUUCUCUGCAGAUUAGUCAGUCAGGAAUAGAAGGUUUGGUUUCUGCAGGAAUCGAAAGCUGUGGUGUCUUCUUAAGGGAAAGUAUUUUUGCUCCUCUUUUUCCUUAAAUCAAUUAAAUCUUGGACGCGUUAUUUAAAUGUUCAACAUCCUUUCUUCCUUCACACUGACAUGGCAAUGUUCAAACACCAAUUCAGGGGUGUGACCUGGUGGAUUUUGAACUUCACAUCGUGGUAAAUCCUGUACAAUUUAUUUAUUUUUGUAGUUUUUUUUUAGGGUCCAGUAAUUAAAAUUAACAGUAACCAACGAUAUGCAACAACAGCCCUGUCCUCAAGCAUUUUAAGGGUGAUUGCAGAGAAGAGUGAGGUUCCGCUGCAGGUAAAAGUUCUGGGAUGUGUUAGAUAAAAAAUGGUGACAACUAGUUACCUUUGCUUGAACUUCUGCAAUUACCGAGCAGUAGUUUUAAUUCCAUCGUAUUUUUUUAUCACAGGAAGUGUGUGUGCGAAAUGAUUCUCCAUGUGGAACCACUAUAGGCCCCAUCCUGUCUGCCAAGCUUGGUUUAUUAACCUUAGGUAAUUGAAUUUAGUUGUGUGCAAAUACCAGCGAUGUACAAAUAUAUGUUAUCCACUCAACACAAGAGUAAAAAGUUGGUUACCAGCAUUCCAUGGUCAGAUAUAAGACAUGUCACUGCCGUCUGUUUAGCCUGUGAGCAGGCUCUUGUGUUUGGGUUACACCAUCGGCAGCCACUAAUUGGAAAAGUUGUUGAAACUGCUGCUUAACUACUAUUUUUCUGACAGGGAUGUACAUUGGUGUAAGCCAGACAAUGCUUUUCGAUAAUUUCAAGAGUUCUUUGCUCCCAGACUCCUUUUUGUUUUCUGUCAUACAGCUCUACCAUUUAAACAAUAUCUAAGAAUUUCGGAUGUUAUGAAUUGUUUCAGGCAUCUAAACAUCACUGUCAGAAGUGAUAUAGACAAUUUCCUAACAGUCACGCAUUCUCAAAGAAGCAUGAAAAUUUGGUGAAUAAUCAGAAUUUUUGAGACCUAGAAAAAGUAUGGAAAGUGAAAUAAGAAGUCUUUAAAAAAAUUGGGAUGAAGCCAGAAGUUCUAACCAAGGAAAGCAAGUGCGUUAUUACUGAGUGAGAUUAAGCUAAAUAUCUGGAAGUAAAUGGUAAAUGAUAAAUUGCAAACUUUAUUUAUGAUCUGCUUUCAGACCUUGGCGGUCCCCAGCUAGCAAUGCACUCCAUCCGAGAAAUGUGCUGCUCCUCUAUUGUACAUCAAGAGACACUGCUAUUCAAGGUGACAAUUUCUUUGCUUAGUAAGGCAUUCAUAAGCUGGCGUUACAUGAUCUGUUACGCAACGCUAUCUUACAUUAGGGCGAGGUUGCACGUGAUGGUUUCUAUCAUGUCGCCCAAAAAACAUCUCGCCCGAAAUAAAUAGUCAUGCUGCCCGAUUUUUUAUUACUUGUAAAAACAUCAAAAUUGGCAUAUUUGUUAGAAACCGCUGAAGGUACCGAUUGAUUGAAACACUCUUCUGGUGUAUUUAGUUUCGUUACCAAUCCUUCAAUAGUGAAAUGUCACUGUAAAUAGUUCAGCGAGACAUAUAUAACCAAAAUAAACAACGUUUAUUUAAUUCAACCUAUAAUCUGGAAGAGUAUCACGACAGCGUUAAACUUUUAUUGUAGUCACAUUAAAAUGUCUUUGUGUUCAAUUUGUUUCAUCGACUAAACGAAUCGAUACAAAUCAUGUGGCGAAGCAAAGCAUAUAAGCGAUGCAAACGAAUGAAUCACGUUCUCCUAAACAAAGAAAAUCAUUGUAGGCCUGAACUAAAAUUCAGCAGACGUAAACUAAACCUGAACUAACGGAAAAUAAUUCACUAAGCCCAAAAAAUAUAAAAUGCAAAAUAAAACCUAACAUGAAAUUAUAAAGCACACAGCAUCGCCAAUCUACCCGUUCUCUUAUGGUGGCCAAGUGGUGUGUUCUUUGGACUAAGAAAAUGCUCCUAAGGAGCGCAAUCGUCGCACUGUACGACCUGUUGGCGUGGUCUAAAUACAUUACCUUCGUUACUUAUUUUGUUAUUGUUAAGAAGGUCACAAAUAGACAUAAUAGCAAUUGAUUUGCAUGUUACGCGCUUGCCCUUUUACUCACUUGUCAGAGGCGAAAAUCGACAUUUGUUUACCGGGGUUUUGACCAUAUCUGAGUGAAUGGGCGGGUGCGAAUCUACCAGGGGGUUGACUAGUGAGCAAAUUGAUUCUCCUCAGCAAUUAAUUGUGAGUCUUGGUUUUUUUCUUUUACAGAGUUUCUUUGAGACACUUCCAACAGUACUGGAUUCCGUAGUAGGAGCUGACUAAAGUCAAGCCAAUGGCAUUCCUGAGCUUCUUUUACUUGAAUCCUUUCUUCGCUUCAAUGAUUUUUUGCUUGAAAAGCAAUGUAGGUUCAACUCAGCAAAGCAAACAAGACACUUUGUCUAAAGAAAAGGGACAUAAUCCGAACACAAUCAAUGAGAAAAUCUUGUAACAAGAGGAGGGGUUGAAGACGGAAGCACGUAAACAAGAGAUACUUUACAAACAGAGUACCCUGCGAACUUUCUCAUUCAUCAAUUGUCUGUUAUAAUCAGGCAGGACGUGUACAGGCAUAAAAGGGUAGUUCUUGGAACUGUGUCCCUUGUUUUGCAUUUACAACUUCUAAAAUACGAAUGACGAAAAGCACGUGACAAGCACGCUAAGCACAAUAAAUUUUUGCAUUACUCUUCUCAUUCAAUCCAGCAGCUGAAUUUCUAUUGACAAAGUUUCUUGAAACUGUGAGUAUAUAUUGAUAAUAUUUAUCGUGUUCGUUUUGUGUUAAGUUGCUGAUGCGAAGGGUGUCUACACACCAAAGACCAAAGACCUAAAACCAAAUACCUCCGGAAGACCCAGAUGUAAUAUUAUAAUAUUUCCUUUAUAAUAUUUCCUUUAUUUCAGCACACGAAAUCAGUUGAAGUAACAUCCACUGAUCAAAAAAACAAUUCAAGGUCGAGAUUUAUGUUGAACAUUUGAGAACCAGUAAUUCCAACCAAAGUUGACCCUAACCGGUUGAAUUAUUUCUCUAUUCACCGAUUUCUUUGACGCGCACGGCGAAUGAAAUCAGACUUAAGGUUUCUUUAAUAUCUUGAGAGGUUGCUUUGUGGGAAAAUUCAUGCCAAAUCUAAUAUAUCUUAGAGAAUAGAACCGAUAGUAAUCUUUUAGACAAUUAAAUUUGUCACGAAAGCCUGAGGAUACAGCUAUGUCGUAUGUAGACAAGUGAGUACAGCGACGAAUAAAAUAAAAACGAAAACGAAUGCUG